AUGUACAGCCCUAAAAUAGCUAUUAUUGGAGCAGGACCUGCUGGUUGCCUAUUGGCACGCCUGUUGCACCUGUCCCAGAUCGAAACAAUAGUCUUUGAGGGUGAAUCCUCGCCAAACUUUCGGUCCCAGGGCGGUACUCUAGACCUUCACACCGACACCGGACUACUCGCGCUUAAAGAGGCUGGUCUCUUUGAUGAUUUCAAGAAGCAAGCGAGAUAUGACGGCCAGUACAUGGCUAUCGUCGACAAAAACCAUAAAUACUGGUUUGUCAAUACCGCUUUCGGUUUGGGGAACAAAAUCCAAGAACGUCCAGAAAUCGACCGAUCCAAGCUACGUGAGCUGCUUGUGAACUCACUGCCAAAAGACAUGGUCAAAUGGGGGCAUCGCCUCAAGUCAGUCAAUGAGGACGGCACUCUCAUCUUCGAGCAUACUACAGCAUCAGGUUUCGAUCUAGUGGUAGGUGCAGACGGGGCAUGGAGCAAGGUCCGCAACCUGCUAGCACCUGACGUCAAGCCAUUAUGGACCAACAUUGGACUAUACUCUUUGAGUAUCCCGAACGCAGCGGAAACUGCUCCGGAGCUUUACAAACGGGUCAACAGGGGCAAUAUAUUUGCCAACAGCGACGGAAAGCGAAUUACGAUCCAGCAGAUGGGCGAUGGAAGUCUGAGUGUAUAUGCCUCUGUAACAUCAGAAAACGAAAACUGGUCAAAUCCGGAAGUGUGUGGGUAUGAUUCGAAUAACCUCGAGGCGGUCAAAAAGGCUCUUUUGGAGCAGUACGACGACUGGAACACGGAUUUGACAGACUCCAUCGCCAAGGCGGAAGGUGAAUGUACGCCGAGGUCGUUAUACGUGUUGCCGGUCGGCUUCAAGUGGACACACAGGCGCGGUGUAACGGCUAUCGGAGAUGCGGCUCAUCUCAUGACGCCGUAUGCUGGUGAAGGUGUCAAUGUUGCUUUGGAGGACGCGAUGGUGUUGGCAAAGACUAUCAUCACCAGUGCAACGAUUGAGAGCGGCAAUCCAGAAAUGCUGGAUCGAAUGGUUGAGGCGUUUGAAAAGGAAAUGUUUCCUCGGGCGGAAAAGGUGCAGCGGCUGACGGCUGAGCUCAUGCACGACUAUAUGUUCACCCCAGGCUCACCGCAAACCACGAUCGCAACAUCCAUAGCAAGGCACGCUAGGUUCGCAACGCCGUGGGUUAUUCAUCCCCUGGUGACGGGCUCGGUGCACUCUGUCUUCUUCAUGCGCAGACUGCUGGCACGAUAG